AUGAUCACUCAACACGGAGGAGAACAAGAUCAAGAGGCACUAAGGGAGGAUCAAGAGGCACUAAGUGAGGAUCAAGAGGCACUAAGAGAGGAUCAAGAGGCACUAAUUGAGGAUCAAGAGGCACUAAGAGAGCAUCAAGAGGCACUAAUUGAGGAUCAAGAGGCACUAAGAGAGCAUCAAGAGGCACUAAUUGAGGAUCAAGAGGCACUAAGUGAGGAUCAAGAGGCACUAAGUGAGGAUCAAGAGGCACUAAUUGAGGAUCAAGAGGCACUAAUUGAGGAUCAAGAGGCACUAAUUGAGGAUCAAGAGGCACUAAGAGAGGAUCAAGAGGCACUAAGUGAGGAUCAAGAGGCACUAAGUGAGGAUCAAGAGGCACUAAUUGAGGAUCAAGAGGCACUAAUUGAGGAUCAAGAGGCACUAAUUGAGGAUCAAGAGGCACUAAGAGAGGAUCAAGAGGCACUAAGUGAGGAACAAGAGGCACUAAUUGAGGAUCAAGAGGCACUAAGAGAGCAUCAAGAGACACUGAGGAUCAAGAGGCACUAA